AUGGGUAACGCUGUUAGCUCCUUAGGGAGCACGAUCACCAACUUCAGCAAUGCCGCUGCCGCUGCCGCCGCUGCCGCUGCCGCGAACCCUAUCCCCCCUGGCUCUCCUCCUAGCGCUGCGGUUCAACACUGUCUUUCAAGUGCCAUAGGCAAGGGAACCGUUGCCUUUUCAGGCUCGUCGUCCUACGUACUCAAGGACGUCAGGCCUUACAACCUCGAUAGGCCGAUCAUACCUGCUGCUGUCACUUAUCCCACCACCAACGAAGAAGUUGCUGCAAUUGUCAAAUGUGCUGUGGAUAACGCUUUGAAAGUACAACCACGCAGCGGUGGACACUCAUAUGGCAACUACUGUCUCGGAGAGAAGUCUGGGGAUACCAUCGUCGUCGAUCUGAAAGCCUUCCAGCAGUUCUCCAUGGAUCACUCUACCUGGCGAGCCACUAUCGGCGCCGGAACACUUCUUGGCGAUAUCGACCAGAAACUCCAUAUCAAUGGCGGACGUGCCAUAGCCCAUGGAACAUCCCCAACAAUCGGCAUCGGAGGACACGCCACCAUUGGUGGACUUGGCCCCGGCUCUCGCAUGUGGGGCCUUGCUCUCGACCAUAUUGAAGAGAUGACGGUUGUUUUGGCCAAUUCCACAAUCGUGUGUGCUACGCCAAAACACAACUCGGAAGUUUUCUUUGCCAUGAAGGGUGCUGGUUCCGGCUUUGGCAUCGCUACCCAGUUCAAAAUGCGCACGGAACCAGAGCCUGGCAACGCAGUCGUUUACUCUUACACCAUUGACGCUGGCUCAACAGCUGAAAAGGCAAAUGCUUUCAAGCAAUGGCAAAAGUUGAUCUCUGAUCCUCAGCUUUCGAGAAAGUUUGCCAGCCAGUUCACACUUGCUGUCGGUGUCGGCGCAAUCAUCAAAGGUACAUUCUUCGGCACUCAGCAAGAGUACGAAGCCCUCAACAUUUCUUCUCGCCUCCAGACGGGCCCAGCCUCCCUUCAACUGAAGGAUUGGCUUGGUGUUUUGGCAAACUCGAUUGAGGAGGCUGCACUGUCAGCCAUGGGGAACACACCAGCACACUUCUACGCAAAGUCCCUUCCUUACACAAAGAACGACCUGUUGUCAGAUGCCACCAUCGAUAAGAUGUUCAACUACAUUGACACAGCAAACAACGGCGGUGCACUUUGGUUCAUGGUCUGGGAUCUUGAGGCCGGCGCCAUCUCCGACGUUGCACCCGAUGCGACUGCAUAUGGACACCGCGACGCACUCUUCUUCCACCAAUCGUAUGCCGUCAACAUCACGGGUCAACUUAGCGACACAUCUCGCAACUACCUCGCUGGUCUCAACAACCUGGUUCUUGACUCACGAUCAGGCCGUGACAACGGAGCUUAUCCAGGCUAUGUCGAUCCUGGCCUUGGAUCGGACGCCCAGCAUCAAUACUGGGGUGACAAUGUAGCCAAGCUCCAGCGCAUCAAGUCGAGAAUUGACCCUAAGAACGUCUUCUCCAACCUGCAGAGUGUGCGUCCAGUCAAGAUGUCUGCCAAGAAGUUGUAA